UCUGACUCCUCUUCAAAUGCUCAGUUUACGCGGUAAUAAAUUCUCAGGAGAAUUACCUUCAUCUAUACAGAAUUGUACCAAGUUAAAAUUUUUGGACUUGAGUGAUAAUGAAUUGUCAGGAGAAGUACCUAUGUGGAUCGGCCAAAGUCUUUCACGGUUAGUUUUUCUUAGCCUUCAAAGGAACCAAUUCAGGGGAAGGAUUCCCCAUCAACUUUGUGGAUUGAAAUAUUUACAAAUUUUGGACCUCUCUGUAAAUAAAAUCUCUGAUAUCAUACCACCAUGCAUCAAUAAUUUCACUUCCAUGGCAGAAAAAGUGAGUUUAGAUCGAAGGAUUGAGCAUCACCUCUCAGAUGAAGGGAUUUUUGUAUCUUUCAUUCGGUUUAGGUAUGUUGACGAGGCAUUGUUUACAUGGAAGGGAACAAAGCAAUGCUAUCCACAACUUGGACUGCUACUAGCCAUUGAUCUCUCUUGUAACAAAUUAACAGGAGAGAUCCCUGAAGAAUUAAAUUGUCUUCAAGAACUGGUUGCAUUGAACUUGUCAAGAAACUUUUUGACCGGAAAAAUUCCUCAAAAGAUUGGGCAUCUAAGACAACUAGAGGUGCUUGACCUGUCAGGAAACAAGUUUUCAGGAAAUAUCCCAACGAGCUUGUCUGAAUUAACAUUUCUAAGUACCUUGGACUUGUCUUAUAAUGACUUGUCUGGAAAAAUUCCAACCAGCACUCAACUACAGAGCUUUGAUCCUUCAUCAUUUUCCCAUAAUAGAGGACUUUGUGGUUCUCCUGUUUCACCGAAUUGCUCAAUCGUGGAACCACCUCCUAGCAAACCUGCAGUAGGAGGUGAAGAAGAUUCUGAUGUGGUCAUGAAAUGGUUUUACACUGGCAUGGGACUUGGAUUUGCUGUGGGUUUCUGGGGGUUUUGCAGUGUUGUGUUCUUCAAGCGUUCAUGGAGGCAUUCAUAUUAUCGUUACCUGGAUAAUGCAAAGGAUUGGGUUUACGUUUCAUUUGUUCUGCUGAAAGCAAGGUUAGUGAGGAGAACCAAAGCUCUUUCAACAAGUUGCACAAGGUAAUAGAUUUACUUUCUUCACUUCUUAACAAAGUUCUAUAUGAUUGCCUUUCAGGUCUGAUUAGAACAGCAACUGAAGGUGAUAUUUCCUGCACCUGAGAAAAUCUUAAUAAAAAAGUUUAUAAAGUAAUACAUGUUUGUCUUUUUGAUGAUUUCUAAUUUCUAUAUAUUUAGAAA